AUAGUAACUAUUUUUUUCCAACCAGAAUAAGAUCAACAAUCGUAGACUUUGGUUAUUUUUUUAUUGCUCCAGUUCUGUGACUUUUUUUAAUGAUACAACAUCAAUAACAACGUUAAUUACUGUGAACAAUUAAUUCCAAAAUGUUUAUACUAAUUAGUUUAAUUCUAUUCUGUUCGUCAAUAUCAGUUGAUUCAUAUAUCACCUGGAUUGAAGCUCGGGUUCCUCUCCAGGGAACUCGCCCAUCCCCAGGAACACCAUGGCCAUUGCCGAAGUCCCUGAACUCGACAGUACGAACCGUUUACUUGAAUCCGAUGGAGUUUUAUUUCACCACAAACGGGCGAUUCUGUGAUAUUCUUGAUUCAUCGUUGACUCGAUAUCGUCCGAUUAUCUUUCAAGGUUUCAACAGUUCGUCAAGUGGACCAUCAACACGAACCGAGUUACGCUCAUUAAUGGUACAAGUUGAUCGUCCACAAGAGUGCGGUUAUCCACAAUUAGGUGACGAUGAAUCAUAUUCAUUGAUUAUCCCUUUUAAUUCAAGUCAAGCAACUUUACAUUCAGCUACCGUUUGGGGAGCACUUAGAGGACUUGAAACUUUCAGUCAAAUUGUUUACCAUGACGAUGAAUAUAAUCAGUGUAUAGUCAAUGAGACUCGAAUUGAUGAUUGGCCUGAAUACACUUAUAGAGGAAUGAUGAUCGACACCGCAAGACAUUUUAUUCCCUUGAAGGUGCUUCUCAUCAAUUUGGACGCUAUGGCUUAUAAUAAGUUAAAUGUAUUCCAUUGGCACCUUGUCGAUGAUCAAGCAUUUCCAUUGGAGAGUAAAGUGUUCCCUGAAUUAACUGAAUCGGGUGCUUAUUCAUCUAAGCACAUUUACACCCAGGAACAGGUUCAAUUAGUUAUUGAUUAUGCUCGUAUGAGAGGAAUCAGAGUAUUACCUGAGAUCGAUUCCCCUGGUCAUACCAAAGUCUUUGGUAAAUCACAUUCUGAACUAUUGACACCCUGUUUUGUUGAUGGUAAACCUGGUGUACCAAAUCCUCCCCAUCAUUCAGAUGCUGAUAUACUUAAUCCAAUGAGAAAUGAAACUUUCCAAUUUAUGAAUCAACUUUUUGCUGAGAUUAAAAGAUUAUUCAAAGAUCAGUUUAUCCAUCUUGGAAUGGAUGAAGUUUAUUAUGCUUGUUGGUCAUCUAAUCCCGAUAUUCAGGCUUUAAUGAUCGCCAAUAACUGGACAAAAGUUAAUCAAGUUGAACAACAUUAUGUGAGGCAAACAUUGAAAAACCUUAAAGAUUUACAAUAUAAGGUUAUGAUGUGGCAAGAUCCAGUGGAUAACGAUGUUGAGCUUUCAUCUGAUUCUGUGGUUGAGAUUUGGAAAGAUUCUGAACUUGGUGAAUUUGAAUCAUGGGAUAAAUAUGCAGCCCCUAUUAUCCGUAAAGGUUAUCGUGUUGUUAUUGCCGCUUGUUGGUAUCUUAAUUACAUUAACUAUCCAUAUCCUGGACAAUUUUGGGAGAAACAUUAUCAAUGUAAACCAAGAGCUUUCACAAAUGAUCCAGAGGAAAAGAAACGAGUUAUCGGUGGAGAGGCUUGUCUAUGGAGUGAAUUCGCUGAUGGUACCAAUAUACUCUCAAGAAUAUGGCCUCGAGCUGCUGCAGUAGCUGAACGACUUUGGACCGAUCCUCCAGUUGAUGAUCUCGAUUCAACUCGUUUUAGAUUGGACCAACAACGUUGUCGACUUUUACAAAGAGGUAUUCCCGCUUCACCAAUUCUUCCUGGUCAUUGUGGUAAACAUGAUUGGGGCUUGGAAACGAUUCCAACGAUUUAUCCUGGAGAUCGAGUUACUCCUUGAUUAAAAACCAAUUUCGAGUCAAUCAAUUGAUCACAAUUAACUGAUCAAUGUCAUUUUUUCCACCCAAAACGCUGAUAAUCAAAUUAAAAUCAACUAAUCAACCACUUUUUUUACACAAAAUGUUUUCUAUUGAAAAUCUCAAUCUCUUUUUUUCAAAAACUUUUUUUUUGCUUGAUUGUUGUUUCCUUUGGACCAUCAAAAUCAUUAAUCAUUGAUGAUAACAAUUAAAAUUUCACGUUUAUGCAUUGAACAA